AUGAAUAAAUUAAGCAAAGGGAAUAUUUUUUGUUUUUUUAUAAGUGUGAAAUAUUUUUCUUUUUUUAAAAAAAAUCGUAUACUAUAUUAUUUACAGCAUGGGACAAGCUGUGGAAUGGUCAGAAGCCAAGGGACACACCUUCCUGUGUUUUCAUAUGGAAGAAGAAAGAAGGAAGAGAAAAAUGCAACUGUGAUUAGUAUGACAUGUAGUGCAUCAAUAAUUGCACGAAAAUCAAACAUAUUCGACUACAUACCAUGUGUAGGAAAGAAAAGAGGUGUACUAAACUUCUCCAGUUUUUCCCAAAACGGAAAGGGAGGAAAUAUCAAUUCUUAUUCUUUGGAGAAGAAUAAAAAUGGAGGAAAUCAAGAUUGUGACACUAUGAAGUAUGAGAAUGGUAACCCAGAUGAUGACUACAAAAAAGGUGUGAGGACUGGAAAAAAUGUUCCUAAUAACAAUCUCAGUGAUGUUCAAGGCGAGGGAAAUGACAAUCUCAGUGAUGUUCAAGGUGAGGGAAAUGACAAUCUCAGUGAUGUUCAAGGUGAGGGAAAUGACAAUCUCAGUGAUGUUCAAGGUGAGGGAAAUGACAAUCUCAGUGAUGUUCAAGGCGAGGGAAAUGACAGUAAAGAUAUUCUGGAGGAAGACGAUCAGGAUGAUGACAACAAAUAUGCAAAAUCAUUUUACGAAAUUUAUGAUGACAACGGAGACACACACGAUUGUCCGCAAGAACUACUUAAGUUCAUCAGAAAGGAACAUAUGAACAUACAGAUAAAAAUAAAGUGUUCCAGUCCUAGAAACCUGAAGAAGACUGAUGUGCAAAAUGUGAUAAAUGAUAUGUUCCAAGAGGAAGGAGUGGAAGAAAGACCAAUUGAGAAGGGAAAGGAAAGGCAUAUAAAAUCAGGACAGGAAGCAGAAGAAGAUAAUCCUGAAAUUUAUUAUCUAAAUUCUAAUUUUAAAAAAUUUAACUAUCCUGAUCGAAACGUUUUAUGGCCAAAUCCGCUAGUAUACAAUCAUCGAUUACAACCAUUUGUAUUGGAGAAGAAAAAGAAUGAAGACAAUGUUACUUUCGAAAUUGAUAAGAAACAUAUAGAAAUAAAUAAAAACCGAUUACAGAAUUUAUGGUGUUACAGUUCUAGUUAUGGCGUAGAUUGGAAUACCUUGGAUGCCCUUUUUCUGAAUUAUAAAAAUAAAAAAGAGGAACAUUUAAAUGAGUGGGAAAUGAAUAAAAAUAAAAUCAUGCUUUAUGCAUCCAAAGUAGCUAAACGGAAAUUAAUAAAAAGUAGAAAGCAAUUAUUAGACAACUUAGGUAUUGAUUACUCUAAUAAUAUUUAUGCUAAUUACGAUGACAUUCACGAGGUCAACUCUAUUGAUGUGGAUGACGAACAGAUGACAGAGUAUAACUUGUUGUUCCCCCGAUCUAUUUUCAGGAAUUGGACCCGCACUUUGUACUUUUACUGGAAGGACAGGUAUAUGCAUUACUACGAAGACACCCUGUGUGAUUACCUAAAAGGGGAAGUGGUUGAUUUGCAACUGCUUAGAGAACAGAACGAACGCAAUUUAAAUUUAUCAAAGAAGAAAAUGAUGCGUGAGCACUCCUUUCGAUUAAAGCCAAUUAAGGGCUCCAAUUUAUACGUUACAAGAUAUGUACCCAAGGGAAGGAAAAAGGCUAAGGUCAAUGUAGAUCAUUUUGACUUAACCGGUGUGGGAGAAAAUAUAUAUGACACAGCUCAGAAGGAAAAUUAA